UCUCACUCAACUAGCCUAUAAAACUGGAUGUGGCUGGGAUGGUCGGCAAAGCGGAAAGACUUGAGUUGGAGCAAAAGUUGCACAAUGGAGUUUUGCUUAUUAGCGCUAUUCACAGUUUUUUCCUUGUUUUACAACGUUUUGGCGCUGCCACCUAAAGGUGUGUGCCUCCUUCAAGUGGACGAGGGACCUUGCAGAGGAGACAUUGAGCGCUAUUACUACAACACUAUUACACAAAAAUGCGAGGUUUUCUCCUAUGGGGGGUGCAAAGGGAAUGCCAAUAACUUUAAUAGUUAUCCAGAGUGCCAUAAAACAUGUUUCAGAAUCCCAAAGAUUCCCCAAAUCUGCAGGUUUCCUAAAGACGAGGGACCCUGCCGUGGUCUGUUUCAUCGCUACUUCUUCAACAUGACCACCAUGCAGUGUGAGCCCUUUAGUUACGGUGGCUGCCAGGGCAAUUUGAAUCGCUUCCAAGACCUCAGCUCUUGCAAGGAGUACUGCAGUCCACAAAAAACUAUCCCCGUGCUCUGCCUGGAUCCCCUGGACAAAGGGAAGUGUUCAGCCUCCAUUCCUCGGUAUUACUACAACACCAUCACCAACAUGUGUGAGAACUUCAUCUACUCAGGCUGUGGAGGGAGCAGCAACAACUUUGUCUCCAGGAGGACCUGCAUGGAUGUGUGUUUUAAAGGAGGGAAGAAACUCAUAAGACCAGUAAAAACUAAUCGCAUGAGACGGUAUAGGAAUUUCAACACUUUCUUGCAGGCGUAGAUGUCUGACACGUGGACUCACUUGGAAAAGACCUUAUUGGAAACAUAAACAAUUACUGCCAAAAUAUGCCAAAAAGUUGACAUGGUCUUCUUUGUUGUUACUGUAAGAGUUUCAGUGGCACAUACACACAUUUUCACUGUAUUUGUAUGUAACGCAUAAUGAGCCAUUUCAAAUGUGAUUUUACUGUUUGCUGUUGAUGAAGUUUAUUACUACUGAACUAAUGUUCCUGAUUGUGAAAUGUGAUACUGUGUAGUGUAUAUUUUAUAUAAGAAGUAAAUCCUUAUUGUAUUGUAUUAUAUUAUCACUACUAUUACUUGCUUAGCUGGUUAAUAAGCACAUUUUUUAAAUAAAAUAUACAGAAUUUAUUAA